AUGGACGACGGCAUGGGGGGCAACCUGGACCUCUACAGGGAGCUGGCACCAGAGGAAGUGGCCCUGGACGAGAACAACGAGACCGUGAUCCUGCCCCUCUAUCCUCUCACGCCGGGAAGGUGGUUCCGACUGCAGGUCAGUACCCUGACGCCUGCCGGCGAGUCCGCUCCAAGUAGCGAAGCUCCACCCACGCCGGUGAUCAUGCACCUGCCAUCUGCGACGUCCGUUCACCUCAGCUGGAACGCCUCAGCCGCAGACCACGACUAUAUUUGUGCUGCCUACGGCUAUCAAAUUCUCAUCAACUCCAGCGACGGCCUCAACGAAAGUGAUGUCCUGAACGCCAGCGUGAUGUCCUACGAGCUCCAGGGCUUGGUCCCCGGCACCCACUACGACUUCCAAGUGCGCAGCCUCGUGGGCGCCCGCUUCCGCGACAGCGGCUGGAGCUCCACCCUGGCAGGCGGCGUACCUAGCCAGAUGCUCCCGCCUGUGCUGGUCACCGACUUGUCCACUGUGAGCGUCGCCUACGUCGGCUGGACAGCUCCCGACAUGAACUUCGGGGUGCCCGUCGGCUACGAGUUGCUCCUGAGCCUGAGUUCGGUCAGUGAUCUCGUAAGCGUAUCGCUGGUGCCCGAUGCUGCUGGCUGUUCGGUGUCGGCCUUGACUCCGGAAACGCUGUACCGCUUCCAAGUGCGAGCCUUGAACCAGCUGUUUGGUGCCGGGCCUCUCAGCGACAUCGCAGAGAUCUCUGUUGGCACCGUGCCGACCGUGCAGCCGCCGUGGUUGGAAGACGCCGACAAUUGCAGCCUCAACUGGCGCUGGAACGGAAGGCUGGUGCACAGCUACGAGUUCAAGCUCGAGGCGUCAGACAAUGUCGAGGAGGUUUGGAUCCUGAACGGCUCCUUCGACGAGCCGCGCCUCGGGCUGCAGCUCUCCGUCGACUCGAACUCCUGGCCCGAGCUGGUCUACGGGAGGCACUUCCGUGCGGCGAUCCGAAGCGUCACCGGGCUCGUCCGGGAUCCCAACGUGGACAUCACGGCUGGCAUUGUGCAGCUGGUAGCGUGGGAUCCAGUGACAUCCGCCGUCGCCGGCAGCAGCGAUUGGGAAGAGCUGGGCCUUCAAUACGACAUCUGGGGCAAGCCUCAUCCAAACUUCGGGAAUGUCAGCUGGGAGAACCUCCUUCAGAUCAACGCCCACGAGGACACCUUCCCGCGCACACCUGUGAACUCCUACUGGGCUUUCAAGCUGCGACUGUGGCUCGGCCGAACAUUGAAUUCCAAGUCUACGACUGCAGAUACAGCCCCAACCGGUAGCCACGAGGCCUUCAACUUAGCAAGCACUUCUUUCCAGUCGAACAUCUUGUACUGCAGACAUUUCCACAGGAUAUUGCAGAAUGGAAUCCAAUCGAACAAUAUUGAGGAGCUGCAUCUGAGCACCGGGCAGCUCCCCAGCGCGCCCCUCGAUCUCAGCGGCGUGGCGAACGACACCGUGGUCUUGAGCUGGCAGAUACCCAGCUUGGACGGCUUCGUGCCCAUCACGCAUUACGAGGCAGCGCUUCCUGAGAUUGGCGAGGGUAUGGGCUUUGCAGGGAACACUGUAAAGCCGACGUUGGCAGCUCUACAGGGUUGCGAACUCGAGGCCCGCUGCAACAGCGAUCCCUGGGAGAAGGUCCUGAACACCGACCUGAGCCACGAGCUCCAAGCCUCGUCCGGCUCGGCCGCCUGCGAGGUCCGGGCGGCCAAUGCGGUGGGCACCGGACCCUCUGCCUCUUUGACGGUGACAGUCCUCCAUUAUUUCAUCUCUCUGUUGCCACGUGGGGUGCCCUUGCCGUCUGGAGCCAUGAAGCCGACGCCCGAGGAUCUCUCCGUGCGGCUGCGCGACGCUGUGGAUGACACCGACGACACGCCGACCUUCCCGGAUGAGCGAGGGCCCAGUUCUGGGCUGAUGCGGCAAGUCCGGGAGUGUUCGCGGCAGCUCUCGCAGGAAGCCAAUGUGGAGGAGAUCUCCAUGGAGUGGACCGACUUGACCUUCACCAUAGGCAGUCACCAGAUCCUCUCCAACAUCACAGGAAUGAUCCAGCCGGGCAAGCUCACAGGCGUUUUUGGUCCGUCGGGCAGCGGGAAGACGACUCUGCUCAACAUUUUGGCUGGGCGCCAAAACACGAAAGCUGGAGGCAUGUCCCUGUCUGGGCAGAUUACCACCGGCGGGGUUCCUGUGGAUCCCGUCAGCUUCCGAUCCAACAUCGCCUACGUCAUGCAAGACGACUCCUUGCUCCCCUUCGAGACACCGAGGGAAUGCCUCUAUUUUUCGGCAUGCCUCCGGCUGCCGCGAAGCGUGACCGAAGAGCAGAGGCAGGAGUUCGUCCAGAGCUUGCUCAAUACGCUUCACCUGGAGCGCUGCUCCACCACGAUCGUUGGGUCGGCGCUCGUCAAGGGCAUUUCGGGAGGUGAGAGAAAGCGUACCUCCGUCGGCAUUGAGCUGAUUACGAACCCCAGGAUGUUGUUCCUCGACGAGCCUCUGAGCGGCCUGGACUCCUACGCCGCCUACACCCUGGUCAUAGCCUUGAAGGAGCUCGCCGAGGCGAACGUCCCGGUUCUCUGCACGGUUCACCAGCCCAGCUCAGAGAUCUUCGCGAAGUUCGACGAUGUGAUCAUCCUCCACGGUGGUGAAGUCACCUACCAUGGCCCUGCGGAGCACAUCGCCACGCACUUCGACGUUUUGGGCUAUCCAUGCCCGUCGAAUUUCAACCCCGCCGACCACGUGAUGUUUUUGCUGCAGAAGGAGAUGCCAGAAAAGCUGCAGAACAUCAAAACCGCUUGGUUAGACUCGGGCACCUUCAAGAAGAUGCACGAGCAGAUCACGAACUUCCGCGGCCAGGGCAAUGCUCGCCCAUCCAGUGUCUUGCCGGAGCAGACGGGCGCCAGCUUCUGCCAGCAGCUGGCCAUGCUCCUGGUCCGAGAAACUCGCGGGACUAUCAGGAAUAAGGGCGUCCUCUUCGCGCGCCUGGGGAUGUCACUCUUCUUGGCCUGUAUGUAUGGCUGGCUGUUUUCCGGCAGUGCCGCACAGGGUGACAACAACCACUCCACAGAGAAGAACUGCGUACCAAACAACUUCAGCUAUGCUGGCUGCCAAUCUGACUGGCAAGCCCACUUCGGCACGAUCGUCUCGCUUAGCAUCAUGGCCAUGAUGGGAGCUGCGCAGCCCGUCUUGCUGCAGUUCCCGCAGGAGAGACCCGUCUUCCUCAGAGAGUACGCGGCUCACCAGUCUCUGUGCUGCAAGGAGGUGUGGUUCAGGUACGGCGUGGUGCCAUAUUUCAUCAGCAAGACCAUCGUGGAGAUGCCUGUGGUCUUGCUGGCUCAGAUUGUCACCUUCCUUGUCACCUACUGGUGGAUGGGGCUGCAUGGCAGUGUUCUGCUGCUCGUGCUGGUGUCGUGGGGGCUGGGCGUCACCUCCUCGUCCCUGGCACUGCUUGUGGGCUGUGGCGUGUCCACGGCGCAGAAAGCGAUCCAGCUGGCACCUUUGACGCUGAUCCCGCAGAUGCUCUUUUCAGGUCUCUUCGUGCCCGUGGCGAAGAUCCCACUAAGCCUGCGAUGGGUGCGCUACCUCUGCCCACUGAAGUACGCCAUCAACUUGAUGACCAUCGUGGAGUUUAGCUACGUCAAGGAAAACAUCGACAAUUGCGAGCAAGAGUACUCGCAAGCUCAGUGCGAGGCCCAGUGCCUCGGUCGCGAAAUAUUUUCUGGCCUGGGGCGACCAAGCAAGUAG